GAGCCGGGGUUUCUUCUUAGGACGGUAGCUCACGUACGGCUGAUUUGCAACCCGCCGAAGCAGCAGCAGAGAAGAAGGAAAAAUGUCGCAGGCUUUGACUCGGACCGUUCUAGGAUCAGUGUCAAUUUAGGAAAAAAAUACGGAUUAAACUUCUCAUGUGUUGCUGAGUAUUUAGAGAAUCAUCACAAAUCCUUGAACAUAUAACAAUUUUAAUGGGAUUAUUUCAGUUUUAGUCAUUGAUAGAGCUAGGAGGUAUAGGUUUGUUUUAAUUUUCACCGUUUGAGAAAGUGUGCAGUGCAGGCUGGAGUUGAGGAAACCCGAAAAUAGUCAUUCUAAAACUUAUUUUCCUCAUUCAGUGAAAAAGAGAAACCUUUUAUCAAAGACAUGGACCCAUCUGGUAGUGUGUUGGGUCUGGAUGGCCAGGGUAACAUGGUUUUUACCGUGGUCAAACCAGUUAUGAGCAUUUUUCAGGUGUCUUCAGAGCAAGGCAGCGGCGUAUCACACGGGGACAUGGGAAUGCAGGGUUUAUCUGAAAAUGCAUUAGUCCCCUCUCAGGGACAGUGUCAGGCUCCGUUAGACCAGAACCAAAUAGAAAUGCACAACAUUCAACCUCAGAUGCAGAGUUCUGCACCGCUCCAGACUGAGAACGUGCCUCCACAUCAGGAGCUGCUGCCACACUUGAGCACAAAUUCUGAAUCCACCACAGAGAUUCCAUUUGCAGAGGUGUCGUCUCUCCUGGAUCCCAACAUGAAGGGAUCCAAGGCUCGGAAAUAUCUAAUCUCAUAUGAUGAGAUUAAAAGACGCCUUCAGGCCCCAGAGAAGAUGUCCCUGCGAUCCCUGGCAGCAUACACUCGUGUCAGCAGAGGCCCAGCCAGCAAGAAAACUCUCCAGGAGUCACUGAAUGUCCUCGGCCUCUCGCCAGGCACAACUACCUCUGUAUCCUCAUCGUUCUCCAAACUCACAGAAGGUGACACCAGAGCUCUGUGUGAAGAUAUGAAAGAUUUUGCACAUGACUAUGUUGACUACGGCAACAUGGCCAAGCAGCUCAUCCCUGACAUAAAUACAGUUCAACACUGGUCCAAAAUCAUAGAAACAAAGAACCACCUUGAGGAUAUGCGAAAAUGUUUCAAGGACCCAAUUAACAGCGGUGCAUUUGACAAUGUAACUCACGGUCUUGGUCUUGGAAUGUUGGACGUAGCCAUGGACAUGAUUGUUAUGGUGAUCGAUCAGCAGAUUCACAUCCUGUCUGGUGCAGCAGCAUCAGAUCCAGCUGACUCGGGUCUGCCCAUGCGUCGCAUCCGCAGGCGUCACCGCAAGAUCCGCCCUUGUGACGAGAAGUCUCAUAAAUUGCCUGGAGGCGUGAAAGAUCAUGGCAAGAUCAUAAUGAAAAGCAAGGAUCGUGCCAGAGUCAAGAAGAAGAUAACACAAGAGUCUGGAUCCUCUGGUUCCAUCGAGACCCAGACCGAGCUGGAUAAACCAGAUAAUGUAGAGAAUAAUGUCCUCACGUUGGUCUCUGUAGGUUAUGAUGCUGUUUCUACUGGUCUGAGUGCAGCGGGAGCUGUUUGACAACUGCUCAAAUGAGUAUUACACCAGUUCUGCUGCAGAGAAGAUGAUCAGGUCACAUUCUAAAGCAACAACCCUUUCAAAUGGCAAGAUGCUGCUUCACUUUGGUAAAGAAUUUCCUUUCAGCCAUUCAGACAUUGUUCAUAUUUGUGUCAUUGUUCUUUAUGGGUUAAUUCCUUUAACCCGUAAAAGUGUCAGAACCAGCUUAGUUUUGCUGUUUGACUGAAAAGCACACACACUGAGAGGUUUUGUUAACAUGUAUUGAUUCAGUUUAUUAAAUUCUACACAAGCUUUGA